AUGUCUACUUAUUUCCCGAAGUCUCUGAAAAAUAAGGCCAAGAGCACAUUUUUGUUAUCUAGAAAUUCCAUAUUUCCACCUAGUAGAAGACCUGAAAAAUGGCUUUAUGACUCACUUAAAACACACCCUACUUUGAACAGGGGUUACCCUGUUUUUGACACUAUAUUUGACACACUUAACCAGAAGGCGAGCGGUUUGAGGCGUUAUAGGCCAAAGGAGGAGAAGAUUCCGGUUAAAAAGGACUACGAUUUAACAAAUCAACAUGAGAUGAAUCAUAGGUUCCGGUUUGAGCUUAAUGGCGUUUUCAACGAAAAGAAGUUUGAAACUGAAUUACAAUCUUACUGCAACCAAUUAUUUCUAGUUGGUUGGAUUAAGUGUAGGAAAAAGUUCGCAAUUGGUCAUGGGAAUGUUAUCGCAACUACUCAGAUGAAACGUUGGAUGGAGAUCCAUGGCUCCGAUAACGCCAAAUUCAGUCGUGUUUUCUUCCAUGAUGAGAAUUACUCUAUUCCAAAACUAGAUUACAGUCACCUCACUGUUGUUAAGGAUUACAGGAAACCUUUGAAGAAGUUACAACAUGAGCGUAAUAUUGCUCUCAACAGGCUCUCCAUUCUCUCUUCCUUAACUUAA